CUUUUUAGCAAACCCUCAUCUCUCGAACUGACUUUCUAGUUCUUGGUGAUGCUGCUGUUGUGCGAACAGUGGUGGUGGUGUGGGUCUUACUUUACUUGGUGCAAAAAAUAAUAAAUUGGGAAUUGAUAGUAAAACCAAGCUUUGUUUUAUGCACACCAGCAUCAGACUCAAGAAGAUUCCCUUUCAAGGAUUUAACUUUUGCUCCUCUCUGAUGAUACUGUAGUCUUGUUGUUCCUUUCUCCUGCUGCUGUUGAAAAUUGCAAGAAUUCGGUGGAAAGAAAGACAGUCUUCGCGACUUCGUGACCUUUUCUUCGUCUUGAGAGUUCCGCAGUUUUUGUUUUUGUUGUGUCUGGGAUAAAUUAAUUUGCAACUGAAAAUCGUCAAUAUCAUGACACCCAGCAGAAAAAUGACCUCGUCGAAGAAGAAUUCUCCGACUUCUCGUGAUCCUUGACAUUGAGACUUGGUUUCUGGUCUGGUUGGUGGCCAGACCAUCUGCCUUUCUUUGUUCCCGAGUGAAAAUCUCUGAAGCAGCUGUCUGAUCGAAGACUGUACAGAUUUAAAUGUUGUUUUAAUUGUGGAGUUUUUAAAAACCACCGACUUGAAUUUUAAUUAAUAAUAAUAAUCAGUUAACAUCGAUUCAAUUCCGUUCAACGUCCGUGGAUUUGUUCACGACUAAUUAAUACAUAAUAUCGAGACUGAACUGAUUUUAUGUUUUGGUGACAAAGAGAGUAUAGUAAUUUUAAUUGAAGAAUGACGUCAAUCCUCCCAUUCAAUCAUUCACCAGUUGUGAAACGCCUACUGGGAUGGAAGAAGGGAGAAGGGGAGGAGAAAUGGAGUGAAAAAGCGGUCAAAAGUCUGGUCAAAAAACUGAAAAAGUCUGGAGGGUUGGAAGAAUUGGAGAAAGCUAUCAGCACCCAAAGUCCUGGGACGAAAUGUAUCACGAUUGCAAGAUCUCUCGACGGUCGACUUCAAGUGUCACAUCGAAAAGGCCUCCCACACGUAAUUUACUGUCGGCUCUGGCGGUGGCCAGAUUUGCAAUCUCAUCACGAAUUGAAAUCGAUUGAGACGUGUGUCUACGCUUUCCAUGCGAAAUUGGAGGACGUGUGUAUCAAUCCAUACCAUUACCAGAAAGUGGAGAACCCAGUCCUUCCCCCCAUCAUGGUCCCUAGAGGAUCAGGUUCUCUGGGAUCAGGACUGAGCACGUCAUCCACCACUCUAACCAGCAUCGGGUCCAUCAGCAGUGUAUCUCCACUAACGACGACGACAACGACUAACGCUAACUCAACCUCCUCCUCCAAUUCCAACAACAUAAUUUCCUCCAAUUCAAACCUCAUAUUUAUAGCGAAUGCAAACUCCUCCUCCAGCAGUUCAUCAACUUGUGCUACUAAAACUUCAACCAACUCGAACUCAACCCCAGCAGCAACAAUAUCAUCAUCAUCGACGACGACGACGACGACACCAUCACCGACUACCCCGACGACAACGACGCAGAAUGGCCAGAGCCAAAUUGUCGGUGGUGGGAGUGGAGGAGCUCUGAUAAAUAUCUCAAACAACAGUCCUAUCCUCUCAAUCAAUAAUAAUAAUCACCUCCACCGAAGUCCCAGCAGUGCGAGUGCUGCCUCAAGUCCCGCAUCCAUCUCCUCGGUAGCUUCCCCCACAAAUAUUACGUCAAAUGGUCACGCGAACGGUAUCGUGGAAGAGUUUCCGUCUCUGGAAGAACUUGGGAACACAAUCACGGACAAUUCGAGCUUCCCUACCAAUUUUGACUUGAAUGGGUUUCCUCCUGUCACUGAAACGCCACCGCCUGGAUACUCAUCAGCAAUGUCAGAAGAAGGGGACACUCAGGAUCAAGGAGAUUUGAUGGGACUAUCGCGAUUCACUCCAAGCCCUUCAAUGGAUGCCCAACCAGUGAUGUAUUGCGAACCUGCAUUUUGGUGCUCUAUCUGCUAUUACGAACUAGGAACAAGAGUUGGCGAAACUUUUCAUGCGUCCCAGCCAUCAAUCGUAGUUGAUGGAUUUACUGAUCCCAGCAACUCGGAGAGGUUCUGUUUGGGUCUGCUCUCCAAUGUAAACCGGAACGUUGUUGUUGAGCAAACUCGGAGGCACAUUGGGAAGGGAGUGAGACUUUACUACAUUGGAGGAGAAGUCUUUGCAGAAUGUUUAAGUGAUUCUGCCAUUUUCGUGCAAUCUCCCAACUGCAACCAGCGAUACGGAUGGCAUCCUGCUACCGUAUGCAAAAUUCCCCCUGGAUGUAAUUUGAAGAUUUUUAACAAUCAAGAAUUUGCUGCCCUUUUAUCCCAAUCGGUAUCUCAGGGAUUUGAAGCUGUGUUUCAGCUCACGAGGAUGUGUACCAUUAGAAUGUCAUUUGUAAAGGGUUGGGGUGCAGAAUAUAGGCGACAAACUGUGACGUCAACCCCUUGUUGGAUUGAACUUCAUUUGAAUGGACCACUGCAAUGGUUGGAUCGAGUCUUGACUCAGAUGGGAUCACCCCGACUCCCUUGCAGCAGCAUGUCAUAAGAAGCAGUAGUAAAAGGUCCCUUUCCCACGUAAACCAAAUUCUUGACUUUUCUCGGUUACAAUCUCUACGUCUUCACUCACCAUCGUCAUCGUUAUACCAAAAUGGGACAUACAACUUGCAAGAAUUAUAUGAAUCAAACAAUUAUUUAUCCAACUUGACACAAACUAAAACCUCAGUUCUACAAAUGUGUACAAAGCCACAUGGAUGACAAAAAAACCAAACUAACUGAAAUUGUUGAAAAAGUACAGUGAAAGGCAAAAUCAUCACAACGUACCAAAAUUAACUCAGUGCGCAUUGCGUCAACAUAAAUUAGUACUAAUUAUAUUAUGAUAAACAUCCCAGUGUUUUAAAAAAGGCUUUAGUUUUAACGUUGACAAAUAUUUAAGUAUUUUAACCAGUCUCUGAGAAUCAUUAUUAUGAACACAUUUCUCUUUCAAAGUAUUCUGAUUGGCAUCACUUUUAAAUGAGCAUGUACUUUUGUCCAUGAGUUCUGCUUAAAACUUAUCGAUAGAAAGAGAUGAUUUUUAGCCAUUUGUAAAUUGGGCAGUUCUUGAGUAAUUUAUGUACAAUGGUGUUUCACCAUUUGUCUCAUCAGUCUCUGUUCUCUAUUUUAUAAGUUGUACAAUUAUUAUGUCAAGUUCAUAUGAAACUAAUUAGAGGAGUGCACAUAAAAUUAAUGUUGUUAAAUAUUUUGAAACUCUGCUAGUUUUUGGAAUUACCAUUGUUUUGUGUCGAGUACAUAAGCACACUUUGUAAGAACGAAUCGUUUGAGCCAAACUAUAUAUUACUACCACAGUUACUAAAUGGAUUGAAUCCCUGCAUCACACAUACUCGUUAAUUAUAUUGUUUGACAGAAGAAGAGGAAAGAAAAUAGGAACAAGAAAUGAAAGAAGAAAGUCAUGAUGAUAUACUUUAAAUUAAGUUACUCAUAUUAAUUGUUAUACGGAAUAUUAUUAAGAUAUAUUGAGCAUUGAGUGGGUUACAUAGUCGUGUCCUCCUAACGUUGUGAUUGGUAUCGUAGAAUUACAACAAUCAUUUAUAGUCCCUAUAGAAUUUUCACAUGGAUGCAAAAAUUCUCUUGACGUGUUGAUCGCAUGUUGUGCCAUGCAGUUUGGAAUAGUUUGGAUGGUUGGAGGGGAGACUUAUUUCAGACUAUAGCGGAAUGAAUAUUAUGGGAACGGAAAAGAAAUAAGGCGAUUAACGAAGUCAUUGUAAAUAGAAAAAUUAUCAAAAAUCGUGUUUUGAUAUCUUGAUUAAUUUGCUCCAACUUUUCAUCCAUAGAUUUCAUUUACUCCAGCUGCCAAUUUUGUUAAUCAUUCACUAUACAAUAUAUAUAUUACUAUUAUAAUGAUACUUUUUUUCUAACAGCUAUUAUUGUACAUAUUACGCAGGUUUCUAUAUAAUUGAGUAAUGAAUUCUACUAUUUAAUGGUAUGUAAUUAUAUACAAGAUGGAACGCCGUUGUUUUUAAAUCCUGCUCGUUCAUAUCUAGAAGUCAGUUUAUUGCUUUGUUACUGUAAUUUUAGACUCUUAUUUCAAAACAUGUAAGUACAUGUAGUUGUUGAUAAUCUUUUGUGUAACAGAAAUUAACUGAUGUUGUAAGACUUCUAGUAUCUACCAUGUACCUGUCGCCUAUGAUGAAACUUCACUACUGAGGAGAAAGAGAGAAAGCGUUGAGGUAAUAUUAUUUAAGGGAUGCAUCAUUGUCGCUAAUUAUAAACUAGUUACAAGAAACAAGUGAACUGCAACCGAGAGAGUGAGUGAUUUGAAUAUAAUCCACAGCUUUAAUUCUUGAUACAAAGAAAUGUAAAACCUGUAGUAGUCGCCCAUGUAGCGUAGACAUUUAGAUAUAAAUGUAAAUCAACUCCUACUGAAAGAGAGACAAAGGAAUGAAAGUUGUCUGAAACUAUUACCUGCACUCUACCAACCUGAUCUAUUAUUCUGAGCGGUGUGUAUGUAAUAAGAAGCAUCCUACAUAGUUUGAAAGUAAGGAAGCAUUAUCUUGCUAAUAAUUCUAAAUCUAAUUACAGUAUUUAAAGAUUAGUAAGUUCCACACAUCACAAUAUACUAAUUACGAUUGCAAUUGGAUUGAUAUAAGGCGUUUAAGAAAGCAGUUAGCUAAACUAAAAAAAUUGCAUCUUUAUUAUGGAAUAUUUUGAGACUGUCACUCAAAUAGUUACACCACACUCGAUUUUGUUGAUACAUACUUUUGAAUCAAGAAGAAGAAAAGAUAUAAAAUUUAGCGUAGCCAAAAAUUAGCAGUUUAAUUUGUCUAACAAAACAGCACACACCUAAAUAUUUAUUUCUCCAAAGCCUUGACGUUAUUAGAAUCACCUGCUUUCUCCUUAGGUUUCUCACGUCCUUUGUUGCACAUUUACUUACACUUUACAAAUUAAUACCGAGCAACAUUACGAUUACAGAAGCAACGGAGUUCAAAUAAUCAAGUACAGUAAAUUGAAUUUUAAUUAAAAAAGUAUAAAAAUAGUGCAAAAAGCUGCUGCAUCAAAUUAUUAAACAUUUCUAGUUUACAGUUGCAUCAACAUGUUUAGUGUGUGGCUAAAAUAUUGGUAUUCAACACUUUUCAAUUAUUAAACAAUAUUUUUAGAGAAGAUACAAAAAGAUGAAUUGGUAGCGAGUAUUAUACAGGAUUUGAACAAAUCCAACAAUUAUUUAAUGUCUAUUGCAAAGUAAAAAAAACUAAAACAGUGUAAUCAAUUCACUACCAACAAAAUUAAAAAGUACAUUUGAAUCAGUCUUUUAAAACAGAAACAAUAUAAUUAAAUAUGUAUGUUGGCGUGACUGACACGUAUGGUUAAAUUAAUACAUAAAAACGAAAAUUUCAAUUUUUCACAGCUUUAGAUGUUACAUAAGAACCUGCCAAAAGAAAGUUGUACUUCACUUGUUUCGCUACAUUUAAACGAAAAUGCUAAAAGGAUGGAAAAUGUUUAUGAGAGUUACAUACAUAUAUCGAGAGUUUGAGAGUAUAAAAAAUCGAGAGAAUGCUAUUUACUACUAUUUACCUACAUAUAUGAAUGAUGUUAUAACUUGUUAACUUUAAGUUACUGGAUUUUUUCAAGUUUUAUUAAAUUAACCUGCAAAGAAAAUGAGUGGUUGGUGAAAUGAGUAGUGUUCUUCUUACGAUAGAGAUAGUGUUUUACGUAGUAUAUUACAAGCAACCAAUAAUUUGUGGUGAAAGUAGUCUCGGGUUAACUUUGUUAUUAUUAUCCAGUAAAAAGUUGUACAUCAUAUUUUGUUGUUAUAUAUUAUAUUAUACAAUUAAUUAAGUAGGAGUAAAAGGUAGAUUAAAUUUAGUUUUUUCUCCUCCAUUUGUUUUCUAGUUGCACAUAGUUUUUUUUUUCUAGGACAAAGUGUAAUAUCAUCAUCACCACUCAUCAGCUAAGCUAUUAAUAAUUUACUGUGUAGUGCAUUUAAAAAUGCAUUGUAAAUAUUAUAUCCAGGAAGUGCAAAAAAAAUGAAAAAAAGCUGUUGUAAAAGUAAUUGACUAAAGAUUGAAUAAAGUUAUCAUUGCCAAGAAAUAGAUA